GGCACCAGGCGAGGCGCGGACUCCAGACUCACAGUACGAAUCGAGGCAGAGUAGCAAUAUGACGGCUGCGAGGCAGAGUCAACUCUCUGCACCUUUGCCACUUUAAAUAAACCCCUCCCCAGCUCUUUAAGAAGAGCGUUUGCAGGAUUGUGAGCACUCGCUUCAAGCCCUGGACGUAAAAGAUUAAGAAGUUUGGGAUCUGUGUGUCCGAGCGUGUGGAAGUUGUGCGGCUGCAGCCCCGGGCUGAGGUGAGUGCUGCAGCGGGAAGGUUACCCGGGAGCCGAGGCGCGAGGCUGAUUGACGCGGCGGGAGCGCAGCACGAGAGCGAUGGGGCUCCCGACUCUCGAGUUCACCGACUGCUCGCUGGACAGCCCGGACUUCAGGGAUCGCCUCAAAGCACACGAGAUUGAGUUGGAGCGCACCAACAAGUUCAUCAAGGAGCUCAUUAAAGACGGCAUCAUGCUGAUUAACGCGCUGAAAAACUUGUCUGCAGCAGUUCAGAGAUUUUCACAGUCAUUGCAGGAUUUCCAGUUUGAAUGCAUUGGUGAUGCAGAGACUGAUGAUGAGAUAAAUAUUGCUCAGUCUUUUAAAGAAUUUGCACAACUCCUUCAUACUGUUGAAGAGGAGCGAAGAAGAUUGAUUCAAAAUGCCAAUGAUGUUUUAAUUGCACCACUGGAGAAGUUUCGUAAAGAUCAAAUAGGGGCGGCAAAAGAAGGAAAGAAGAAGUUUGAUAAAGAAAGUGAGAAAUACUACUCUAUAUUGGAGAAACAUUUGAAUUUAUCGUCAAGGAAAAAAGAAGCACAUUUACAAGAGGCUGACACACAAAUUGACAAGGAACGACAGAAUUUUUAUGAAGCUUCAUUGGAAUAUGUGUUCAAAGUUCAAGAAGUACAGGAGAAAAAGAAGUUUGAAUUUGUUGAACCUCUGUUGGCAUUCCUUCAAGGAUUAUUCACAUUCUACCAUGAAGGUUAUGAGCUUGCACAGGAAUUUGCACCAUACAAACAGCAGCUGCAGUACAAUCUACAAAAUACUAGAAAUAAUUUUGAAAGUACCAGGCAGGAAGUGGAAAGACUGAUGCAGAGGAUGAAGUCAGCCCCUCAGGAUUACAAACCACCUGGACAGUGGACAAUGGAGGGGUAUCUCUAUGUCCAGGAGAAGCGCCCCCUUGGGUUUGCCUGGAUAAAACACUACUGUACAUAUGACAAAGCAACAAAAGCAUUCUCAAUGACCUUAUGUGAACCAAAGUCAGGAGGAAAAUUGAAUGGCCUUGUCACAGCUUCAGAAAUUUUCAAACUGAAAUUUUGCAUUCGACGGAAGACUGACUCGAUUGACAAGCGCUUCUGUUUUGAUAUUGAAGUCGUAGAACGACAUGGCAUUGUUACACUGCAGGCUCAGUCAGAAGCAAAUAGAAAACUUUGGUUGGAAGCAAUGGAUGGAAAGGAACCGAUAUACACUCUGCCUCUUCUCAACAAGAAGGAAGAAUUGUACCUUAAUGAGGCAGGUUUUAAUUUUGUAAGGAAGUGCAUUGAAGCUGUGGAGAUGAGAGGUAUUAAUGCCAUGGGAUUGUACAGAAUGAGUGGAGUAAAUUCCAAAGUACAGAAGCUGAUGAAUGCAGUAUUUGCACCUAAAGCACCUCCUGAUAUGGAUCUUGACACUGAAUUGUGGGACAUGAAGACAAUUACAAGUGGGCUUAAAAACUACCUCAGGUGUCUUGUAGAGCCAUUGAUGACUUACAAGUUGCAUAAGGAUUUAAUUGCUGCUGUCAAGUCAGAUGACCAGAAUUACAGAGUGCGUGCUGUUCAUGCACUAGUUUAUAAACUACCAGAUAAGAACAAAGAGAUGCUUGAACUUCUGCUAAAACAUUUGGUGAAGGUGUCUACUCACAGUCAAAAAAACCUGAUGACUGUUUCUAAUUUGGGUGUUAUUUUUGGACCAACACUAAUGAGAUCCCAAGAGGAGACUGUGGCAGCGAUGAUGAACAUUAAAUUUCAGAACAUUGUGGUUGAGAUUCUUAUUGAGAAUUACGAAAAGAUAUUCAAUACACCACCAGAUCCAAAUGUUCCUCUUCCUCAACCUGAGCAGAGAUCUGGAUCCAGGCGAAACAAGGCAACUUGUCUGUCCACAGGUCCUAGAAGACCCAGAGGCAUCUAUACCCCCACCCUGUGCCUGGCAGAUGCAGACAGUGACACUUUCAGUAGCAGUCCGGACAGUACACCAAUGGGAAGCAUAGAGUCUCUCUCCUCUCAUUCAUCUGAACUAAACAAUUCCUCUAAAACCAGCUCCUCUCAACACCAUGUACAAAGAGAGAAAGGAGAUAAUGGAAUACCAUGGGUGCAAGCACCUGCUUCGUUACCUGGACUAAAGAGCACACUUGUUUGGACAACUAGCCCAGAAUCAAGCUCGAGUGAAGACACUGUUAAAACAGAUGGUCUGUCAGAUUCUCAGAAUCUAUUGUCUGUUUCUAAUGCAGCAAACAAACCUCAACCAUUAGGUCUGUGCAGUGAAGGACCCCACAAACAUACUGGGCUUAAACGAUCAAUAACCACUUCCCUAACUUCACUCCCUACAACUGAUGGUACUAAUACAAGAACCUUUAGCAGUUCUGUUCAGAACCUAUCUUCGAUGGAUUUAAAAGAUGCACUUAAAACUGGAUCCAACCCAGCACUUCCUCCAAAGAUGGCUGUUAGAAGAAGACUAGAUUCAACAGCAAGCAAUGGCUAUCAGAAACCAGGAUCAGUGGUUGCAUCCAGAACUCAGUUGUUUGAAAAUAUUGGCACUCCUAAACAAAAUUCUUCCAGACGCCAUGCCAAAGCCAUGUAUGCUUGCAAAGCAGAGCACAGCCAUGAGCUUUCUUUCCCGCAGGGGGCAAUGUUCACUAAUGUGCAUGCAUCAGUGGAACCAGGAUGGCUACAAGGAACAUAUGAAGGCAAAACAGGGCUAAUCCCUGCAAAUUACAUAGUCUUUCUUUGAUAACUGCUGACAAGACUAGAAAAUCUCCAUGGUAUCCAUGGUGAACAGACUGUUACAAACUGAGAAUGCUAUAUUCUAAUACAGUUCCACGUAUGUCAAACAGUCAGAGGUAGUGAACUGUUUGCACCUGCUGAAUAUAUGCCUUUUUAUGGUAUGAAGUAAAGGAUUGUGUUGUCCAUCAAUAAAUGUUUGCUUUAACAAAAAUACUAAUCAUAUCAGCCAUAGUUAUUGACAAAUAUUCAUCUUGCAACAUUGGAAAUGGAAAAAAGUGACCAAAUUUAAGUAUAUAUAAAUAGGCAUACACAUAUUUUAUAAGUUGUUAUGUUUGUAUUGUUGACUUCCUGUUUGGAGAGCCUAUAGCAAAUAUGAGCUAUGAUGGAAUUUUUAUCUUGAUUUUUUUUUUGCAGUUGGUUAAAAGAUAUCAUAUUAGAUGGAGAAAGAAGAAAUUUAUACGUAUUGAUUUAUUAUACCUUCACAAAUUAUGCAUUUAUUUACAUUCUUAUUUGAAAUAGCUGCAGUGUUUUUCUUUCAGGCAAAUUUCUGCUGUUUUUCCAGCCUACAAAUCAUCCAACAUAUUUUUAAUCAAUUAACUUAAUUGAUCACUCUGUGAACUAACUUUUACAGACAUGCGACUAUCCUUGACUUAAGUUUUUGCAAUAGAGUGUAGGGUACUGAUGGACACAUGUUUACAUGUCAUUUAUUGGAAAAUAACUCAAGACGUUGGGUACUUCCACGUAAUUCAAAAGAUACUUUUACCCAAAGAUGUCUUCAGCUAUAUUAGAAUUGGUAACUGCUGGUAAUUUUUUUUUACUUUAAUACUCAAGUAAUAAAACAUCACCAAUUUAUAAUUUACUUUUGUAAAUGGAGAAUAGAUGCAUAUGGAUUGUAAAUUUAACAUAUUUUGUUGACAAACUACUUGUGUUGUCUAAGUACUUGAGGACCGGUAAAUCCAUUGAGACUACCGCAGUGAUACUAUAUGAGCAUUCAGUCUUGGAUUAUCAGUGAAUUGCUUCUAAAUUUUUCUGAGCAUGUUCAAUGUUCAUAAGGCUAACCAUUUAUUAAGAUCUGAUGAUUGUUAAUAAGGAAUAUAUUAUCCAUCAUGCAAUUUCAGUUUCUCCUUCUGGCAAAAUAAUAUUGAUUAUGUUUUAGACAUAUGUUCACAAUUUACCUUUUACACAUCUGAAGUUGUUUUGUUUCUGCAACUUAAAUUUAAAAUGUAAUUUUUUGGGGGUGAAAAUUGUCCCCAUAAGAUUUAUUACUUUUAAGUGAAAGGAGCAGAGAUGGAAUUAUGCCAGCUUUAACGAAACAAAAAAAUCGCACUUUUUUACUCUAAUUUUAUUUUUUCCCAAUACACUGGUGUAUUGGUGACCUGUUUGAAUGUUGGUUUUCUUUCUUAGAUAUAUAUAACAUUCAGUGAUAACAUUCAUAGUUUUAAGUAUAUAUUGUCAAAUACUUAGUUUUAGUGUAUUUAAUAAUUAUUAAUACCUGUCACCAAAUGUAUAGUGUGUUCAACUGAAAUGUUUUCUGAUCAUUCAGAUUUAUUUGUAUAAAAUUACGUGAUUAUACCUGUGGCUUGGCAUAUAAUUUAUACUGCUGUUUGAAAGUACUUGUAAUGGAAUGCAACAUAUAUAAAAAAGUUUUGGACAUAGUUUAAAAACUGAUAAAAAUAUGAAAUUGAAUUUGGCAGUCAGCAGAUUGUGGGCCUGCUUAUAUAUUUGGGAUGAUGUAAAUCUUCAUUACAUAACCCAAUGUAAACUAAUCCCUGUUAUGAUCACAAAUGGUAUUUAUGUGGUAGCUUAAUGAAUUUUACAACUUAAUUUGAGUGGAAUUUAUGGAGUAGAUUGGCAGAUUAUGCCAAUCACUUGUAAUUACUACACUUUGUGCCCAUUGGAAAUCCACUGAGAAAUCGCAUUUCCAAUGUAAAUCUAAAUUUUAAAACAUUCUAUUUUCUGAAGAAACAAGUCUCUUACAAUGAGAUUUCUAUUGAUUUCUAUCUCAAUAUAAAUGGAAAAUAUGAGGCUUUGGAACUUGAUUUAACUAAGUCUCAAUCUAGCCCCUUUGAUCUAAAACAGGGGAACAUAAUAUUUUGGUAGAACAAAAGUUCAACAACACAUUUGUUGAAUACAGAUAUAAAUUGUGUGAUGCUGGAAUGUAAUAUGUUCCAGAACCAAAUCAAUUACCACAUAAUAAAUUUAGCACUAGAUUGGUUGAUUAACAAUACAAGAAAAAUGUUUUAGUGGUAACGUACAGCAACUUGGUUCGGAUGUGAAAUUUCAAGGCAUAUAUUGAAAUUUCUAAUAAUAUAAUUAAGAACAUUCAAUGUAAACAAUAGGUGUUGAAAUAUGAAAGGUUUCACCUUUUUCAUGGAGUGCAAUAUUGAUGGUAUGCCAGUAUCAAGAACUUAAUGAUGCUUGUCACAAAUAACAGAUCAGAACUAUUGUUUAAAACUUCUGUAAUAUUCAUGAAUCAUAAAGGUCUCUUAACUAUCAACAACUGAUAAUGUCAUGAUAGAUAUAUUUUUACUUUUAUGAUUUUCAGCAAGGUGAGAAAUGAAGCAACAGAAUAUUAAUUUGAUUUGAUCCAUAGAUAACUAGCAAUUGUGAAACUCUCAGUGAAAAUAUUGGUAAUACAUUUUAUUAUUUUUCUCAAAAUGUUCUCCCUUGUGGUCAUGGGAUAAAUUGCUAAGUUCAAAAUUACCAUAUCACAUUUGAGUAAAGAUCUGAACUUUAGGCACCUAUCCAGAAGAAAACUGGAAGAAAGCUCCUGCAAUUCAUUUCACCAGGACCCAAAACAACCAUCUGAGAAACCAGAUUUUUUCCUAUCUAUCUAAGCUGGAUUCAACUCUGAGCUAAUAAAGAGAAAUAACUGUUUGCAAUUAAUUACUUCACAAAGCUCUUAUGGAAUAUAAAUUAUGUGAUGUAUUUUUAGAAGAAAAAAAUGCAUGCUUGCCUUUCCUGUGUCCAGUAUUUAAUGUCACGCAAAGUUGCCCCUUUCUUGAAAUAAAUGGUCACAAGUCUGUAUCCAA